AGACUAAAACCCAUUUUUCAAUUACGCAUCUUCUUCUUAAAAAAAACACUUUCUCGAAACCCAAGAGUGAUUUACCGAGUAUUGUUAUUAUUAUUCGUCGGUUUCUUUAACUUUCCUUCCGUUUUCUCUUCUUCCGGCGGGAGCAAAUAAUACUGUAAUCAUGUCCCAAGCUAUGUUGGACGAUGUUGAUAAAAUAAUGCGAGUACCAUGCACCUGAGUUUUCCUGUUGCAUUGAUAAUUACCAUAUUCCAUGUUUUUGUUUUCCUUUGAUUUGUUCUUCUGUCUUUGUCCUUCAUUGAAUCUCUAUGGGUUUCAUACCUUUCUUUUGAAUUUUUUUGGUGGCUUUGGUUUCUACUGAUUCAGAUGCUGUAUUAUGCUUUUCUCUUCAUCUCCCCUGUGUUGUACCGAGGAACUGGUGUUACCCAUUUGGAAUAUUCACUUGUUGCCAUUUUGGAAAGGGCAUUUCGCCCAUUUUUUUGGUUUUUUGUUUUUCUCUUUCUUUGUGGAGAUGGGAUUCGAAUCUACUCAAUAAUGGCUGACCCAUUUGUUGGCUGCUUCUUGAACACACGUUUUCCACUUGGUUUUGCUCUAAUGCUCUGUUCUUGAAGUUUGUGCUCUCGUUGGUUUUGAGUGACAGCAUUUUUUGUUGUUUGUUUGUUGAGUUGGUGGAUACUAGGGCUUUAAGGUUCCUAGGCAUCUGUACGGAUUCUAUUUGGCCACUUUUUUCCACGUAAAUAUUGGUUAGACCAGCGGAUAAGAAGGCUUGUAACAGUAGCGUGGCUUUUCAUGUGGCUGUUUGUUUGAGAUGAAGUUACUGUUUACUUUUUUUUUUUUUUUUUUUUGUGAAAGAAUGAAGUUACUGUUGAUUAUCUGUGAUCAUGUAGAAAUAAUCAUUUUGAAAUCUGUAGUAUUAUAUAUUUUUGUGUUUUAUUGGCAUUGGACCAGUGGAUGAGUUCUUCUGAUGAGAGACAAAUAACAGUAAUGCAUAUAUAUAAAAAGAUUGAAGAUGAGAGGCUGGAUGCUUAUAUCUACGAUUACCUCUUGAAGAGAAAACUAUAUGCUUCUGCAAGGUCUUUUCUGGCUGAAGGAAAAAUUCUCAGGGAUCCAGUGGCUUUUGAUGCUCCGGGUGGUUUCCUUUUGGAAUGGUGGUCUGUGUUCUGGGAUUUGUUUAUUGCCCGCAUAAACCCACAGCACUCAGAAGCUGCUACAUCUUACAUCAAGUCUCAGUUGAUGAAAGAUGGAGAUUUACAGCUACAAGAACACUAUUAUUUACAGAAGACUCAGCAGAGUCCUACUCCAACUGCUAAUAGGCUUGUUUUGAACAAUUCACUCAAUAUACAGAACCCUUCAGUUGCAAAUGAAAUGGCUGCAAAAAUGUAUGAGGAGAAUUUUACACUUCCUAUUCAAAGAGAUACACUAGCCAAUGUGCUCCCAAAGAAAAGAUUUCUCAAACAUGUAAGCCAGCCUCCAGCCUCAAUGUUUGGAGUAUCUUCCAUGAAUGCUCAACCUAUGAGCCAGAGCCAAAUACCUGCGGACAAGUUAACUAGUAUCGAUACUCAAUACCAGGGUCAACAGCUUCCAGGGUCCAAAGUAAUUAUUAAUAAAAAAUUGAAAGGGCAGAUGAAGUCAAGUAUGAACUCCAGAGUUAGCACAGCGGAAGGAAUUGCUGGUUCAAAUCAGGGCACUAGUCGUUUUCCUUUGAAUGGAAGGCCUUCAACGGGAUUGGAUCCUCUAAGCUUGGGGCAACUGCAACAACCCAAUUCAUUCAUUCAAUUCUCUCAUAAUUCCAGUCGAUUUCAGCUGGAGCAUGAAUUUAUGUUUCAGGCACCUCAAAACCUGGGAGUAGAUUCUGCCAAUGUGGCAUGCAUAAGACCGGGAGUGCCUUUAAGUCAAAAUCUCAAUACAGGGAAGGGUAGCCAAUUAUGUUCUGUGGAUUUGUCUGAUGUUGAUUCAAUGGCACCAGUUUGUCAUCCUGCUUUACCACGUCAUCCAGUUUUGAGUCAACAUUCUCAGAAUUCAAAUCACACAAUUCAGCAGCAAGAUAAAAUAACCAGUUCAGGGAUCACAAACAUUGAUGGCUGUACGUCCAAUAACUUUCAGGCUAAUCAGGUUGACAAACUUACACAUUUAUGUUUCCAAAUGAUAUUAGAUAUGGAUUACCUUCUUGUCCACUAGAUGUAUAUGUUCUUG